AUGAAUCCAGAUGGUGUACGCACAUCGUGUCCUGGUUAUUUGGAUGAUUAUGGAGCAUGGAAUAACGGUUUUGAUUGUCCACCAAUACAAUCACAAAUUCGUUAUUGUUGUGGAACAGAAUCAAAACGUUAUUGCUGUAGUGAUAAUACUAUUGAUCAUGACAAUUUAAAAUUAUUAAAUAUUCUAUCGUCAACUUUGAAUACAUUUUCACGAUCGUCAUUCUCUCCAUCCUAUCGAAUAUUAUCAUCUUCACCAUUAACUUCACUAUUGUCAUCGACUAAUCCCUAUUUUUCGUUACCCAUUUUAAUUUCAUUUAUAAUCGGACUUUUAUUCAUAAUAUUUUUAAUAUUAUUCGGUGUAUUAUUAUGGCGUCGUUAUUCAGAUAAAAAACAGCAAGCGCUUCGAAAAAAACAACAACAGAUAUUAUUAGAUUCAAAUACACAAUUAGAUCCCAGUCAAUAUCCAUUUUCCCAACAUCAUCAUUAUCUUAGAGUAGAUGGAAUACAAACUAAUAAUAAUUUACAUGCAAGUGAUACAAAUACAACAACUGCUAUGUCCUCAUCAUCAGGAGAAUUAUCAACAAUGUAUUUUAAUGAUUGGAAAGAAUUUCUUGUUUCAGAAUCAACUCCAAUGAAUUUAUAUCCCUCUAUGUCAUCUAACAGUACAUCAGAUGAACAUAUUAUUACACCUUAUUCGGGUUUAUUUUCAAAAACGAAUCAUCUAAUUGUAUAA